AUGCCAGAAGGCCCAUCCCUGAGGAAGUUCCAGCUGCUGACUUCCCCUUUUGUGGGACAAGUGGUAGUCAAGGUGGGGGGGAGCACCAGGAAGAUCAGUGUGAAUGACCUGAAUGCGCUGAGGCUCCAGGACUCCCAGGUUCAUGGGAAGAACUUGUACCUGGCAUUUGUGGCAGUUAGAGGUUCCUUGGGACCAACUGCAGAAGAGACAGUGCUGCAAGGAGAGGCUGCUAGUGGGGCAAGUCCUCCUGCCCAGGGAGGGCAAGGGCAGGUUUGUGCUCCACAGAUGCAUCCCCAGGAGGAGGAGCCACAGGAACCCCAGCACCCAGGAUCUGAAGUCCCCGGAGCAGCAGAGGGUCCAGGCAACUGGCUGCACUUCCACUUCGGCUUGUUUGGCAGCAUUCGGGCAAAUGAGUUCUCAAGGGCAAACAAAGCCAAUAAGAGGGGAGACUGGAAGGACCCUGCACCCAGGCUGGUUCUGUACUUUGAGAGUGGAGGCUUCCUUGUUUUCUACAACUGCCGAAUGCACUGGUGCUCCUCUCCGAGGGCUGAUCCUGCUUCUGACAUCCUGUCUGCGGAGUUCCACCGUGGCCGGGCGCUGGAUGCCCUACACACACCCAGUCCCAUCUGCUACACCCUCUUAGACCAAAGAUAUUUUUCAGGGCUGGGGAACAUCAUUAAGAAUGAGAUCUUGUACCUGGCCAAGAUCCAUCCAUUAACACAAGGCGCUCUCUUGGCUCUCUCAGAUCUGGAGCGUCUGCUUGACUUUGCCGUUCGGUUCAGCUCUGACUGGCUGCACAACAAGCUGCAUGGGAGAAAGCUGCGCUUUCAGAUCUACCAGAAGGAGCAGUGUCCUCUUGGACAUGCAGUGAUAAAGGAAACUCUUGGACCCUCAGGUGGCUUGAAGAGACUUACGUGGUGGUGUCCUCAGUGCCAGCCUGCAGUGCUGUCAGGCGAUGGGGAUCCCUCCCCAGUCACUGAGUGA